UAGCAACAUUUGUUUACAGGAGACAAUACGAACAGGAAUUUGAUCAUUACAAUCCACGUCAAAGAUGUCGGCGAUUCCACUUGAGAAACCUGUGGAGCUGAGAGAAUGUCUGAAGAAUGGCACUCUGUCUCUGAGAGACCUUGAUAACAAGCAGAAGAGACGAUCCUCCAAGGGCAGAAGGAGGCGAAGCAAGACAAAGACUGGAAGAACUGAAGAGGCAGCUGAUGGCGGUGAAACUAGAGCAAAGGCUGCGGAAGACCCAGGACACGGCAAGAAGGCAUCAAAGAUUACCAAAUCCUCUAAGACAAAGAAAAUUCCGAAAGGCAAUGAUAGUCAUGUUGAAAUGAGCAUCCAAAGCAAAGAAUCUGAUGAAGAGAUUGUUCGCAGCUUACUAGAUGAAGCCUUUGAUACAGUUACCAGUCAUUGCAUUGAUAUCGAGUACGGAGUUGCAUACGAACAGGCUCAUGAACUGGCCGAUGCCUUUCUGGCAGCUUUUGACGAAAGGGUGGUACUUAAACGGAAGUAUUACAUGGAACAGAGACGAGAAACCCAGGAGUUGCUGUACAGGACAGCAGAGGAAAACGUGAACGACUUGAUAAUCCGAGCAACAACACAAUGUAGUCCAAGUCAAGAAAAAGAGCAACAUGCUAUUGUGAGUACCGUGAACUUUCAGCGAUCUGCUAAUUUGGCUGAAAGAAUGAGAGUGCGUGUAGAACAAAUAAACGCUGAGAAACUGGCAAUGCAACAGAUUAUGGUGAACGCAUCCUCGGAAGUCGUUAAAGAUUUGUUCUCUUGCGCAGCCAACAAUGCAAGCAAGACUAAGACUUGGAGAACUGAAGAGAAAAGCGAGGACCGUACACCAAAAACAGAGGCUGUCAAGGAUCCAAGAAAUACCAUGAACGUGCCAAAGAUUGUCAAAUCUUCAGAGACCAAACCAGUUCCAAAAGAAAGAGAUGUUAAACUUGAUGAAUUGAUCACCAAACACAAAAAAUCUGAAGAGAUUGUACGCAGCAUUCUUGAUGACGUCUUGGACACAGUUACCAGGCAAUGUAUUGCUAACGAGCAAAGUGUUGAAAAUGAACGGACACUUAUGUUGGUCCUUGACUGUGUGGCAGCUUUUGAGGAAAUGAAUCAAUUCACAAAGAAGUUGUAUGUGGACGAGAGAAGAGAAACUCAGGAGUUGUUAUACAGAGAGGCAAAAGAAAAUGUAAAGAACUUGCUGCGAUCUACAGAUUUUAAUGCCAGAAUGAGGGCCCAAGUGAAACAAAUAAACGCUCAGAAACUGGCAAGGAAACAGAUUGUGUACCAGGCGGCCUCGGAAACCGUUCAGGAUCUGUUCUCUUGUGCAGCCAACAAUGCAAGCAUACAGAAUGUGCAAGAAACAGAGGUGACAAUUGACGAAGAGACAGAUUGUGAGUUACCUGUGAGAGGCUGGAGAAGAUUUCUGUGCUGCGGACAGACAAACAAACCAAAGCAAAAGAAAAAGAGGACUAGAUUGCUUGCUGGGCUGCGCCGCUUCUUUGGUCGCUAUUAAUUUUCUGCUUUACAAAUACUAGUAUAUAUUUUAUGUCGUUCGAAAUCUGCGCUUACUAUCAUUAUCGGUUUUGAAAUAAAUUUCAAUUUCAUUCAAGUUUGUCUGUUAUAGUAAGAUAUAUUUUUUAUUCAGGGAAACAUUACAUUGUAACUUUUAUUGUUAUUUCUUUCUUUCUUGGGUUUCAAUAAACCUUAAUAUUACAUAAUUUGUUGUC